AGAAAUUUAAGUGAAAAUGCCGCCGGUGCGACAGAGAAACACGAAGAACUCGAAUGCAGCUGAGAUAGAAAAGAAGAUCAAAAGAGGUAAUGCGCUGCGGCAGGGAUCUGCAUGGAGAGGUUUCCGGUGGCUUGUGGUGUUAUUGCUGGUUGCUGUUUGUGGCAUGGCAGCAUGGCUGCAUGUGACUUCCCAGGACUCUGACAUCACAGAAACCCUCGUCCGUCAGGGGGAGCUGAUCUCGCCACAGCCCAGAGUCUACACCGUGUACUGCUCCGAAGACUACGACAACUACAAACGCUUUCCAGGAUGCACCCCUCAGAAAUGUGGCCGCGCAGUCACUGAUAAUGUGGUGACAAGAGAGGAAGCUCAGAUCCUCAGGAGGCUGGCUGAGAGGGGUCUGGCACUGGCAGGAUCUGGAGGAGGAGCUUCCAUCUUGGACCUGCAUUCUGGGGCAUUAUCGAUGGGAAAGCAGUUCGUCAACAUCUACAGGUAUUUCGCUGAUCAGAUCAGGGACGUGUUCACCCAGGAGGACUUUGAGCUUUACAGAGAUGUUCGUGGUCGGAUUCAGGCCAUCAUUGCAGAGUCGUUUGGACUGGACCCGACUCUUAUGUACCUCACCAAACCCACCUUCUUCUCCAGAAUCAACAGCUCUGAAGCCAAGAUGCAACAUGACGAGUACUGGCAUCCACACGUGGACAAGGUGACUUACGGUUCUUUUGACUACACCUCCCUCCUCUACCUGUCUGACUACGGCUCUGACUUCACUGGAGGAAGAUUUAUCUUCAUGGACCAGAAUGGAAACCGGACAGUGGAACCCCGGGCGGGUCGAGUCUCCUUCUUCUCCUCCGGCUCGGAGAACCUCCACCGCGUGGAGAAGGUGACGUGGGGGACACGAUACGCCAUCACCGUGUCGUUCACCUGCGACUCCGCCCACGCCAUCGCUGACCCCACCCUGCCGUGAGGCGCCCACAGGUGUCGCCGCUGAGCACGGACUCAGACAAAACCUGCAACACAGAGGAAGUGGAGCUGUGAAGGACGAGGAGGUGAACUUGUUUUUAUGACGUGGGUUCUCACUUUUUUCACGUUCGUAGCAGCGUGCUACGAGUGCACAGUCAAUAUUUAAUUUUUAUUAAAGAUAUCGACUUGCCGAUUGUGCUUCCUCAGAAAGCUAAACACCACAUCCCGCCACCUUUUCUUUUGUACAGGUGUUUUCCUCUUUUACUUGUUUUUAUCAGACACUAAACAUCAGUUGACUUUUAGCUUGAUUAUGAAGCUCAACAAUCUGCCGCUUUGUCAAUUGGGCACAAAUUGUUUCUCAGCUGAAACAACUUGGAGUGGAAAAAACAUGAUGUACAAUAAUAUGUUUUGUGAAAAUCUU